AUGGAGGAGGAGGAGGCGCCGUUGUUGGAGGAGCUGGGAAUCAUUCCGCGAGAUAUUCUACGACGCACUUUGUGUGUCCUGACGUUUCGGAAGGUGGGGGACGAGAUGCUGGACUCCAUGGACAUGACUGGGCCGGUCCUGAUCCUAUUGGGUCUGGGCUGCAGCUGUUUGUUAUUGUCGGGCAAAGUCCACUUCGAAUACGUUUACGGACUCAUGACUGGAGGCACAUUCGGCGUCUGGGCAUUGCUCAACCUCAUGAGCCGCAGCAAACUGCUCUCCAUACACCGAACUAUCUCCGUCCUAGGUUACGGACUUCUGCCCAUCCUACUCGUCUCUUUCCUCGCCCCCUUCACCAAACUGAAACCAUAUGUUGCCACUGCCGGGGUCCUCUGGUCCACCUCCACGGCGUCGCGGUUCGUCGAAGAAGCGCUCGACAUGCAGGCGCAAAGGUACCUCGCCGCGUACCCUAUCAUGCUGUUCUAUAUUUGCUUCACCUUCAUCACCGUCCUCUGA